AUGGGUGCCGCCGCCGCCGAGCCCCCCAGCGCCAUGGGCCUGGUGUCCAGCGUGGUGAACGACACCCUCGAGUUCUACCGCUGGACCUGGAGCAUCCGAGACAAACGUGUUGAUGACUGGCCCUUGAUGCAGUCUCCAUUUCCAACACUGACUAUAAGCACUAUUUAUCUCCUCACUGUCUGGCUGGGCCCCAAAUGGAUGAAGACAAGAGAGCCCUUCCAGUUACGCUUCCUGUUGGUUGUUUACAACUUUGGAAUGGUUCUGCUCAACUUCUUCAUUUUCAAAGAGUUGUUCUUGUCAUCAAGAGCUCGAGGGUACAGCUAUGUCUGCCAGACUGUGGAUUAUUCAGAUAAUGUUUAUGAAGUUAGGAUAGCUGCUGCUUUAUGGUGGUACUAUGUCUCUAAAGGAAUUGAAUAUUUGGAUACAGUAUUCUUCAUCCUGAGGAAGAAAUUUAACCAAAUCAGUUUCCUUCAUGUCUAUCACCAUUUCACCAUGUUCACCUUGUGGUGGAUUGGUAUUAAGUGGGUUGCAGGUGGACAAGCUUUUUUCGGAGCUCAAAUGAAUGCAUUUAUUCAUGUCAUUAUGUACAUGUAUUAUGGAUUAGCAGCUUGUGGCCCUAAAUUUCAGAAAUACCUGUGGUGGAAACGAUAUUUGACCAUAUUGCAGUUGGUGCAGUUCCAUGUGACUAUUGGCCACACAGCCUUGUCUAUUUAUAUUGAUUGUCCUUUCCCUAAAUGGAUGCACUGGGGUGUCAUUUUCUAUGCUGUCACCUUCAUUUUCCUGUUUGGUAACUUCUACUAUCGGACUUAUAAGCUGCCCAAGGAACCUGUAAAGAAUGGCAAAAUAGCAAAUGGUGCUGUUGCAAAUGGAGUAAGCAAACCAGAAAGUAAUGCGGUGGUGGAAAAUGGAAAAAAGCAGAAAAAGGGAAAAGCAAAAGGAGAGUAA